ACGUACCGAAGCUGUACUCGAAACAGGAAAUACCCUAGGAAGUAGCAUUCUUGUCGAAUUAAUAGUGAUAUCAGACGUUCUUUGGCAAUAUUAACGCAAGUAAAUCAACAAUUUUCCUGUGUUAGUAGGAAUACAACCUAUUAAUCAAAAUGGGGAAAAGGCAACAUCAAAAAGAUAAAAUGUAUAUUACCUGUUCGGAGUAUACCCACUUCUAUGGAGGGAAAAGAACAGUAAUUCCACAGGCCAACUUCAAACGUCUUCCCUUUGACCACUGCAGUCUGUCUCUCCAGCCAUUUGAAUAUCCCAUGUGCACGAAAGAAGGCGUUGUUUUUGACCUGAUGAGCAUAGUGCCAUGGUUAAAGAAGUUUGGUACAAACCCCAUCUCUGGAGAGAAACUGGAGGCAAAGGAUCUCAUCAAGCUGAACAUAGCGAAGAAUAGCGAAGGCAAAUAUCACUGCCCAGUCCUCUACUCCGUCUUCACCAACAACUCCCACAUUGUCACCAACAGGGUCACAGGCAAUGUGUACUCUAAUGAGGCUGUGGAGCAGCUCAACAUCAAGACCAAAAGCUUCAAAGAUCUUCUUACCGAUGAGCCAUUUACACGCCAGGACCUUAUCACCCUACAGGACCCGACCAAUCUGGAUAAGUUCAACGUGUCCGACUUUUUCCACGUGAAAAACAAUCUGAAAGUCCUUGAUCCAGAUGAGGAGAAGGCCAAGCUGGACCCGGCCUACCACCUGAAGAGCACCAACCUGGAGACGCGGGAGACCCUGGCCGAGCUCUACCGGGACUACAAGGGGGACGAGCUGCUGGCCUCCACCAUGAAGGAGCCCGAGGCCAAGAAGACCGACAAGCUCAACGCCGCCCACUACUCCACCGGUCGGGUGUCGGCCUCCUUCACCUCUACUGCCAUGACUCCUGCCACCACCCAUGUCGCAGAUGCCAUCGCCGAUGACGCGGUGCGCUUCCAGUACGUGAAGAAGAAGGGCUACGUGCGUCUGCACACCAACAAGGGCGACAUCAACCUGGAGCUGCACUGCGAUAAGGUGCCCAAGGCAGGCGAGAACUUCAUCAAGCUGUGCAAGAAGGGCUAUUACAACGACACGGUCUUCCACCGCUCCAUCCGCAACUUCAUGAUCCAAGGUGGGGACCCCACUGGCACUGGUACAGGAGGUGAAUCGGCUUGGGGGAAGCCAUUUAGGGAUGAGUUCCGGCCCAACCUCUCCCACACAGGUCGAGGCAUCCUCAGCAUGGCCAACUCGGGGCCCAACACCAACAAGUCCCAGUUCUUCAUCACGUUCCGUUCCUGCACCUACCUGGACAGAAAGCACAGUGUGUUCGGCAGAGUGGUGGGGGGGUUCGAGGCGCUGACUGCCAUGGAGAACGUGGAGAGUGAUCCAAAGACAGACAAACCCAAGAGUGAGAUUAAGUUGCUGACCGCGACUGUGUUUGUGGACCCAUACGAGGAAGCAGAUGCACAGAUUGCGGCAGAGCGGGCAAAGGAGGUGCAGCAACAGGAGCAGGAGAAAGCGGACGCUGCCGCCUUCCAGAGCCGACUCAAGGAGGAGAAGCAGCCCAAGACCUUCAGGCCCGGCGUGGGCAAGUACAUCAACAUGACUGCCAACAAACGGCCCGGGGACAAGGAGAAGCCCUCCACCAGUGAGGCAGGGCCAUCGUCGGCCAAGAAGCCCAAGGGCAGGAGCGGGUUCGGGGACUUCAGCUCCUGGUGACGAGGCUCUCCACGCGCCGGACAGAACCUCUCCCACGGCCACGUUCUCAUGUUCCCCCACGGCUUCCGGACACUCGAGAACCUCUAUGGACACUUUAUCUCGUCACAACCCCCCCCCCGGCAUUUUUUUCAUCGCAGUGUCCACAGCUUGGACCGUCUCACUGACUCCACUCUGAUUCUGGCAAGCGCCAGAGCCAAGGCAGCGGGCCGAACAGAAUGUUUGUUUUCCUUCGUAGCCAAUCAGUCGUUUGUCCCUCCAUCCCUUUCUCCCUCCAUCUCUCCAUCUCUCCUUUCGUUUGUACGAGUGUGGAGCAUCGAUCCGCGUUCCGUCGGAGCGGAGGAUCUGCUGUCGCUGGCUUCGGAGGCCGUUAUUGAUCCGCCCGAGUGCGGGCGCGAGGAGGCCCCCGUCCAGCUGAGCUCGGCACGCGCUCCCGCGGCAUCAGUUUCUCUUCUGGCACGGGCCGAGGAUGUCCCGAAUCCACCUGGCCGGCCUCCAGGCCUCGACAGGGUCACUUUGAGCCCCCCCCCCCCCCCCGAGUCUCCACGACGCUCCACUUCCGAGAGCCGUUAUCUCCGUGUCAGCUCUGCAGGACAUAAAGACGAAUCUCAUUUGUUUUGUACCGAGUCAAUAAUGUGUGUGUUUUUCCAGUAAUACAAGUAUGUUUUUAAAGCAGGUCUACACAUCCUUCUUGUAUUAGAUUCAUGUAUUUUUUUUUUCUCUCUUCUUGUUCUUAGUUUUGUACAUAAGGUAGGGGGGGUAUCGGGGAUACAUUUGUAAAUAGCAUAUAAAAUUCUCUUCCAAAUAAUCCAAACUUUCCAAAUAAACUUGACUUUAUUUGGGCCA